UGAUAGGCUGCUUUUACGUAGAAGAAAACGAAGCACUCGUUUUUUUUAUCAACAUGGAGAAACUAACAGCGUUUGAACGAGGCCAGAUAGUGGGAGCUUUAAGUACAGGAGCCUCGGUGGUAAAAACCGCAGAAUUACUCAAUGUGCCCAAAGACGUGGUCUCGCAGGUCAUGGCGGCCUAUUCUAAACACGGGCAGUCCGCGCUGGUGGAGCUGGUGAAGAAGAAGCCGCAGCACAGACACAAGAAACCUCCUCCCACUCAGAUCGCUUGUGGAGACAUCAGCAUCGGCACCAGCCCAAUCCAAGCCCUGGAGAAAGCCCUGGCUCUGGAGAAACAGGCUGCAGGAGACGAGGACGAUGAUGAGGAUGAAGAUAUGGAUGAUGAGGUAAAGGAUUUAAACAUCAAAACUAUCAAUGAAGACGAAGAUGAUGAUGAAGAUGAGGGUUCCAGUGAGGAACAAAGUGAAUCACACAAAGUUGAAGGAGAGCCUUAAAUGUUCAGUUCUGCAUGUUUUGGUUAGAGAAGCUGAUAUUGUGAAGUUCAACUCUCACAAUAGUGCUGGUAAUAACUGUGCUUUUAUGUGUUUUAAUUUUUUUUUACAUAAUACCCUCUGUGACAUGGGACCUCUUUUGUAUCAUUUUGAAACGGUUCAUUUUGAGUUGUGAUUAAAUAAAAUAUUGCUUAACAAAAUUCUGUAAUAAACAGUAUUUGUAUCUU